UUCAUCCAUGCGUGAUGAAAUUAAUGUUGAACAAAGUUACUCUGAAUCUAGCAACGCCCCACGGAUAUUACAUACGACACAAUCUUUAAAUGAUGCCAGAACUACCCCGCAAACAUCAAUGCCUGCAAAAUAUUCUAGAGAAUAUCCAAGUAUCUUACGUGAACAAAAUUUAUCAAAGGAGAAGAAAAACUAUAGACAUUCAAUUAUGAUACCUAUUGAAAGAACGAAUAAAGAAAGUACUGAUAAGGAACAAAGUGAAAACUUUCUUCGAAGGCAACAACAAAAACUAUAUAAAUUACGUGGUGAAAGUUUGAGAAAAUUUGGCCAAACAAAUACUCCUCAAGGAUUGGAUGAGCAACAAAGAAGGGCUAGGCAGCACGCAUCGUUACCACCAAUGGGCCGACAGAAUCAAUAUCCCCAAGAAAAUAUCCCUCAACAACUACCUUUUGAGUUGAUAAUUGAUCGUUAUCCACCACAACUUGUUCGUAGUAUUGAUAAAACAAAACAAUUGGAUAUAUGGACUGUCUCUGAUAGCGGGAUAUAUCAUAAAAGACAUGAAUUCCCUCAAGAAUCUUCUUUUGGGUUUUCUCCCUUUCCUGUCAAUGGUCCUUUUAUGGCAGAGGAAUUAAUGCUUGAACAUGAGAGUAAAAUUAUCCAAAGACAAGAAUCAAAAGUUAGUGGAUGUUAUGAUUCUACUAAUCAGUAUUAUUCUGGUAAUGUAAAUGGCCAAACUGUUGGGAUGUCCUCAUCUAACAUAAUGAGUAGUAGUGAUGAAUUAUGGCAUUCUGCUUAUGAAUGUUUCCCUCAACAGAAGAAAUUUACACCCCAACCACCACAACUACAACAAUCCAAAAUCCCACAAAUAAAUGAUGAACAAAAACAACAAACUAAUAAAAUCCAAACAAUGAGUAUUUUAGCAGAAGAAAAUGGUUCUGAAUGUAAUAUUCAGAAAAACUUUCAUUUAAAAAAUAUUUUGGUAAAUAAUUUAAAUAUUUCUGGAUGUUUUUCUGAAAGAAUUGUUUUAUUUGUUAAAAUUCCAAAAAUUAUGGCAAGCAAUAUAUUAGGGCCGCAAAUAGAGACUUCAACACUUUCUGAACAACAAGCAAACGAAGAAGUCCGUCUUUUAAUGUAUAAAGGGACAAAACCAAAAACAAAAUUAAUGUCAAAAAGUGUAGAAAGUACAGGAACAUUGGAAGGUCUAAGAGAAUUCGAAAGAGUUGCUUAUCCUGUUCGUGUUGAAAUUUCUGGUCCUGUACAUUUUCUUCAUGCAACAAAUAUGAAUGUUAUGAAUAGUUCAGAUAAUCUGACAGAUUAUUCUAUCCAAACUUCGAUGAUUUCAAGUGGGGGAAUGAGAGAAUUUAGACAGGGAACUUUUGAAAUGAAUUUUUCAAAAAAUCGUCAAAAAAGUCCCUCUCCAACUAAAUGGACACAAACAGAAUAUCAACCAAAAAUUAAUUAUAACUUAAAUCCAGAAGAGCUAAACCCCGUAAAAACACAAUUUGAAGAUAAAAGACAAUCACAGGUUAUUUCUCCUCCUUUAGAAAGAUUUAUAGAGAGUGUUUGUGAUAUACAACCUAUUUUGGCAGAAAUUAGCGAAGCUAUGUCCCAUCAAGGUGGUUUUUAA